AUGCACUCUAUAGUGCACCCUUAUUCAGACAGUCGUCCAAAUCCCCCACCGGGAAUUCCCUCAAGAAUUAAAAAAUUAAAUUCUUCUUGUAAUCUUAAAAAAUCAACAAUUGCAUCAAAUAAUAUCCCAAUCUUUCAAGACAAUUUCCCUUGGAUAACCAUCUUACUUCGCAAUCAGCCAUCGCCCCCCUGGCAGAAAAAAUCGCCCCUAGGGGGCGAAUCGCCCACCGUUGAGAACCACUGCUCUAAACCAUUUGAAACAACAUCUGGAACACCUCAAGGGGAUCCGUUAUCUCCUAUACUAUUUGUGAUAUAUCUGGAAACUGCAUUGAGAGAACUAAAACCAUACUAUGAAGGAAAGAUCAAUGUGGUGGCAUACGCGGAUGACGUGGAUUUUAUUUCUUCCGACAGGGACGUUCUGGAAAGCCUAUUGGAGGUGAUGCCAAAUAGACUUGCUGAGUGGUUCCUCAAUGUAAACGUGGAGAAAACAAAAUUUACUGAACUAGCAAGACAGAAGUCUAAGCUGGACGAACAUUGGAGAAAAGUAAAGAAACUCGGAUCUCUAUUGGGAGACGAACAAGACGUGAUUAUGCGAAAAACACAUGCAAACAGUGCACUACGCAGCUUAAAGGAAAAUUGGCUAAAACGCAAAGGACUCAGCACAAAAACACGGAUACGACUAUACAAUUCACUAGUGAAGCCAAUACUCCUAUAUAACGCCGGAACUUGGGGACUAGACUCUUUCCAUAGAGAUCACCUUCGACGUACUCUAACCUCCAAGUGGCAUUCAAGGCUGAGUAGCAUAACAGUUUAUGCCAGAACAUCAAGCAAACCAAUCGAAAUUACCGAAUGCAGAUGGAGGCUGUUUGGACACAUUCUAAGGAUGGAUUUGGAUGAACCGGCAAACGUUGCUAUGGAGGACUAUUUAGAAGCUGGGAGCCAUCGUUUCCGUGGACGACCAAGAAAUACUCUCCCGGGUACGCUGGAUAGAGACCUAAAGAGGGCUGGUAAAGAAUCGAUGCACUACGGGACGUCGCCCAAGAUCGCGGGAAAUGGAAUAAACUAA